AUGGCCUCUGUCCUCAGGGAACUCAGUGGUGGAAAAGACCAACAUGUGAACAACGGAAUGUCAGGCAAGGAGCUCUCAGAGUGCAGGCUACAGGUUGCUUCACUUUCAGCAAGGAAACAUCUAUAUGGAUUAUUUCAUUACAACUCCAUGAUGCUUGGUCUUGAAUCACUUCCGGAUCCCACAGACACCUGGGAAAUUAUAGAGACCAUUGGUAAAGGCACAUAUGGCAAGGUCUACAAGGUCACUAAUAAGAGAGAUGGGAGCCUGGCUGCAGUGAAAAUUCUGGACCCCAUCAGUGAUAUGGAUGAAGAAAUUGAGGCAGAAUACAACAUUCUGCGGUUUCUUCCGAAUCACCCCAAUGUUGUAAAGUUUUAUGGGAUGUAUUACAAGGCGGAUCACUGUGUGGGAGGACAGCUGUGGCUGGUCCUGGAGCUUUGUAACGGGGGCUCUGUCACUGAGCUGGUCAAAGGCCUUCUCAGGUGCGGCCAGCGACUGGAUGAAGCCAUGAUCUCCUACAUCUUGUAUGGGGCUCUCUUGGGCCUUCAGCAUUUGCACAACAACCAAAUCAUCCACCGGGAUGUGAAGGGGAACAACAUUCUUCUGACGGCAGAAGGAGGAGUCAAGCUUGUUGACUUUGGUGUCUCAGCUCAACUUACCAGCACACGAUUAAGGAGAAACACGUCAGUUGGCACCCCGUUCUGGAUGGCCCCUGAGGUCAUUGCUUGUGAGCAGCAGUAUGACUCUUCCUAUGACGCUCGCUGUGACGUCUGGUCCUUAGGGAUCACAGCCAUUGAACUGGGGGAUGGAGACCCUCCCCUCUUUGACAUGCAUCCUGUGAAAACUCUCUUUAAGAUUCCGAGAAAUCCUCCGCCUACCUUACUGCAUCCAGAAAAAUGGUGUGAGGAAUUCAACCACUUUAUUUCACAGUGUCUUAUUAAGGAUUUUGAAAAGAGGCCUUCCGUCACGCAUCUCCUCGACCAUCCAUUUAUUAAAGGAGCUCAUGGGAAGGUUUUAUUCCUGCAAAAACGGCUAGCCAAGGUGCUCCAGGAGCAGAAGCAGCUAAACUCUGCUGUUAAAAUCAGGCAUGAGAGGAUGCAUACCAGGGGACCCUAUCAUGUGCAGGAUGCUGAAAAAUACUGCCUCGAGGAUGAUUUGGUCAAUCUCGAGGUCCUGGAUGAGGAAACAAUUAUUCAUCACUUGCAGAAGCGUUAUGCAGACUCACUGAUUUACACAUAUGUUGGAGAUAUUCUAAUUGCCUUAAACCCCUUCCAGAAUCUAAGCAUCUACUCUCCACAGUUUUCCAGGCUCUAUCAUGGGGUGAAGCGCAUCUCGAAUCCCCCCCACAUAUUUGCAUCAGCAGAUGCUGCUUACCAGUGCUUGGUUACUUUCAGCAAAGACCAGUGCAUUGUCAUCAGUGGAGAAAGUGGCUCAGGGAAGACGGAAAGCGCCCACCUGAUUGUUCAGCAUCUGACUUUCUUGGGAAAGGCCAAUAAUCAGACUUUGAGAGAGAAAAUUCUACAAGUCAACUCCCUGGUGGAAGCCUUUGGGAAUGCAUGCACGGCCAUCAAUGACAACUCAAGCCGUUUUGGAAAAUAUCUGGAAAUGAUGUUUACACCAACCGGAGCUGUGAUGGGGGCAAGAAUCUCUGAAUAUCUCCUUGAGAAGUCCAGAGUUAUAAAACAGGCAACGGGAGAGAAAAAUUUUCACAUAUUUUACUAUAUUUAUGCUGGUCUUUAUCACCAAAAGAAACUUUCUGAGUUCAAACUUCCUGAGGAAAAACCUCCUAGGUACAUAGCUGAUGAAACUGGAAGAGUCAUGUAUGACAUAAUUUCCAAGGAGUCUUAUAGAAGCCAGUUUGAAGCAAUUCAGCAUUGUUUCAGGAUUAUUGGAUUCUCUGAAAAGGAGGUGCACUCCGUGUACAGAAUUCUGGCUGGAAUUUUGAAUAUCGGGAACAUUGAAUUUGCAGCUAUUUCCUCUCAACACCAAACUGAUAAAAGUGAGGUGCCCAAUCCUGAAGCUUUGGAAAAUGCUGCUUCUAUUCUCUGCAUCAGCCCCAAAGAGCUGCUGAAGGCCCUCACAUCCCACUGUGUGGUCACCCGGGGUGAGACCAUCGUCCGCGCCAACCCUGUGGACAGGGCCGGGGAUGUUCGGGAUGCCAUGUCGAAAGCUCUGUAUGGGAGGCUCUUCAGCUGGAUUGUGAAUCGCAUCAAUACACUCCUGCAGCCAGAGAAAAACAUAUGUCAUUCAGGUAAUGGAAUGAACGUGGGAAUCUUGGACAUUUUUGGAUUUGAGAACUUUCGGAGGAAUUCAUUUGAGCAGCUCUGCAUAAACAUCGCCAAUGAGCAAAUCCAGUACUAUUUCAAUCAGCAUGUCUUUGCUCUUGAGCAGAUGGAGUACAAGAACGAGGGCAUUGAUGCUGUGCCUGUGGAGUAUGAGGACAAUCGCCCACUCCUGGACAUGUUCCUCCAGAAGCCCCUGGGCCUGCUUGCACUUUUAGAUGAGGAGAGUCGGUUUCCCCAAGCAAGGGACCAGACCCUGGUUGAUAAAUUUGAAAAUAAUUUACGAUGCAAGUAUUUCUGGAGGCCCAAAGGAGCGGCGCUGUGCUUUGGCAUUUGGCAUUACGCUGGAAAGGUACUAUAUGAUGCUUCUGGGGUUCUUGAGAAAAACAGAGACACCCUCCCUGCUGAUGUGGUUAUAGUCCUGAGAACGUCAGAAAACAAGCUUCUUCAGCAACUCUUCUCUAUCCCUUUGACCAAAACAGGUAAUUUGGCCCAGACAAGAGCCAAGAUAAUAGCAGCCUCAAGAUCUUUGCCUCCACAUUUCAGUUCUGGGAGAGCUAAGGUGGACACCCUGGAGGUGAUGCGACAUCCUGAAGAAAGCACCAACAUGAAGAGGCAAACCAUGGCUUCUUACUUUCGGUAUUCUCUGAUGGACUUGCUCUCCAAAAUGGUGAUUGGACAGCCCCACUUUGUGCGUUGCAUUAAACCCAAUGAUGACCGAGUGGCCCUGAAGUUCUCCCGAGAGAGGGUCCUCACCCAGCUCCGCUCCACGGGCAUCCUGGAGACCGUCAACAUCAGAAGGCAGGGUUAUUCCCACCGCAUCCUCUUCGAAGAGUUUGUGAAAAGGUAUUAUUACUUGGCAUUCAGAGCACAUCAAACGCCUCCUGCUAGUAAAGAGAGCUGUGCUGCUAUCUUGGAAAAGUCCAAAUUGGAUCACUGGGUACUGGGGAAAACAAAGGUUUUUCUCAAAUACUACCAUGUCGAGCAAUUAAAUCUGCUACUGCGAGAAGUCAUAGGCAGAGUGGUUAUCCUACAGGCGUAUACCAAGGGGUGGCUUGGAGCCAGGAGAUACAAAAGAGUCAGAGAGAAGAGAGAGAAGGGUGCCAUCACCAUCCAGUCAGCCUGGAGAGGAUAUGAAGCUCGGAGCAAAUUUAAGAAAAUAAGCAACAGAAGGAGUGAGUCUGCUGCUCAUAUUCAAGCAGGUAAUUCAAACAUCAUUUUAACAGCUUUCUCCCUGGGAGGACUGGGCAGCCACUGGUUGGAGCUGGUGUCCCCACCAUGGGGCCCUCCUCCAGGCAGCCCUCAGAGGAGGAACCUCUGUUUCAAAGGCUCAGAGUCCUUUUGUCUGAGGGUUGCUCCUGAUCUGAAAAGCCACCCAGAAGUAGAAUCUGACUAUGACUAUUCAGAGAUUUCAAGCUACUCUCCUGAUGUCACUAAGAAAAAUUGGCAUUCACGGGCCCAGAGUUCUCCAAAUGGGUUUGGUGUCUUCGAAAGACCUACGAAUAAGAAUUCAGUGGCUGGGACUAAUGCACUGACUUCUUGGACACAUCGUGCUACCCCAGAUCACCAAGAACUGAGUCCCUGUGAAGCUCCUUGGAAACCUGGUUCAGAAGAUGGUCUUGCACAGAAGCAGCGAACACCUCGCCGACGCUGUCAGCAGCCCAAAAUGUUGAGUAGCCCUGAGGACACCAUGUACUAUAACCAGUUAAAUGGAACUCUAGAAUAUCAAGGGAGCAAGAGGAAGCCAAGAAAACUUGGCCAUCUCAAAGUGCUGGAUGGGGAAGACGAAUACUACAAGUCUCUGUCCCCAGUGGCUGGUAUCCCUGAGAAUAUCGCAGCCCACCUUUUCUUUUUUUCUUCAUCCUCAAAGGGAAAUUCUUUUGCUCAACACUGA